AUCCUGAAGAUUCAUAUUUGUGCUCAGUAGAGCUCUCCACUGGUCCCUAUCCUGCGCCGCAGUAUUCCAGUUCAUACCACCCCAUCCUGUUAGGAAUCUGUGUUUAUCAUACUUUUAACGGGUAUUUUUUUGUUGCAGGCAACAUCAGGACCAUGGCUGUUCUAGACCUUGAGUCCAAGCGUCACUAUUGGCUGACGGUGUUCGCUCAAGACCAUGGCGUAGUCCCCCUGCACUCAAGGCUUGAGGUGUUCAUUGCUGUACAGAACGAGAAUGACAACACGCCUCUCACUGUUGAGCCCGUGUACUACCCGUCGAUUCCAGAGAAUUCUCCGGCCGGUAAGGUAGUUGUUGAGCUAAAAGCUGAAGAUUAUGAUCUGGACCCUACUCAACGCCUUACGUUUCGCAUCACCGCAGGAAAUCCUGGUGGAUUCUUCAGCAUCAGCCCUGAUACAGGUAAGAAAACAACGUUGUUGCUUAUUCUGC